CACUGAUGAUCAGUGUGCCCUGAUGAUCUGUGUAGCCCCAGCAGUGCCACCUGUCAGUGUCCAUCAGUGGCAGCUCUCAGUGCUCAUCCAUGCCACCUGCCAGUGCCCAUCAGUGCCACAUAUCAGUGCCCAUCUGAGCUGCCUUUCAGUGUCACCCAUCAGUGCCAUGCCAGUCAGUGCCACAUAUCAGUGCCGCCUAUCAGUGCCAUAUUUGAGUGCUGCCUUUCAGUGCCCAUCAGUGAUGCCUGCCAAUGCUCAUCAGUGCCACCUACCAGUGCCUCCUCAUCAGUGCCCAUCAGUGCCACCUAUCAGUGUCCAUCAGUGCAGCCUAUCAGUGCCCAUCAGUGCAGCCUCAUUAGCACACAUCAGUGAAGGAGAAAAAUCACUUAUUUGCAAAAUUUUAUAA